ACUCUCUAAAAACAUGUCAGACAACAAGAAGCUCCGAAUCUUCUCCACCAUUUGUGUUGCUUUAGUAAUCUUCGCCCUCUAUUCCGAUGGUAUAAUCUUCACUAGUUUCAGAGAAGACCACACAGAAAGCAUUUUGAAGGUAAAACGACAAACAAAUCCUUCCAUUAGCACUCCUCGCAACAAUAUUAAUAUUCGUCUGCAAUCCAUAAAGGGAGAUUUUUCAGUCGCUAGAAAAAAGGCGAUUUAUAAUAAUCCUUUCAUCCCACCAUUCAACGCAACGGAAGAAGAGAGAAUUGCUUGGCUGCGGAGAAAGUUGCCAAAGCUCGAAAUUUUCAAGUCAGACUUGCUAACCAAGCGGUUUCAUUCCAGGGUUUUGCAGUUCUUCAAUCCGGAAUGCGAAGUUCGGGUUUUCAUGACGUGGAUUUCUCCGGUGACGUCGUUUGGGAAUCGGGAAUUCUUGGCCUUGGAGAGCCUCUUCAAGGCACACCCAAAAGGGUGCUUGAUGAUUUUGUCAAGGACUAUGGAUUCAGUAGAAGGUUAUAGAAUCUUGAAACCGCUCAUUGAUCGUCGUUUCAAGGUUAACGCCGCAACACCGGACUUGUCGUUUUUGUUCAAGGACACCCCAGCGGAGAAUUGGCUGGGAGAUUUAGAGAAAGGGAACAAAGAUCCUGGUGAGAUUUCAUUAGCUCAGAACUUGUCUAAUCUCAUGAGACUCGCUAUUUUGUACAAGUAUGGUGGUAUUUAUUUGGAUACGGAUUUCAUUGUUCUCAAGCCUUUAAAUGGGUUAAGGAACUCAAUUGGAGCACAAAGUAUUGAUUUGUUAUCCAAAAACUGGACGAGAUUGAAUAAUGCAGUUUUAAUUUUUGACAUGAAUCAUCCACUUUUGUUGAAGUUCAUCGAGGAAUUUGCCUCAACUUUUGAUGGUAAUAGGUGGGGGUAUAAUGGGCCUUAUUUGGUUUCAAGGGUGGUCCAGAGAGUGGAGCCCAGGCCGGGGUCCAACUUCACUGUGUUGUCUCCCAUGGCCUUUUAUCCAGUGGAUUGGACUAAGAUUGGUGGGCUUUUUAAGAGGCCCGAAAGGGAGGCCCAAUUGAGAUGGGUGAAAGCCAAGGUUCUUCAGCUAAGUGGGGAGACUUAUGGGGUGCACCUGUGGAAUAGGCAAAGUAGCGGAUUGUUGAUUGAAGAAGGAAGCGUUAUUGGAAGGUUAAUCUCAGAUCAUUGUGUCACUUGCAAAGGCAUUUACAGUUCAUAAUAGACUUUUCGGAGUUGGUAAAUGGCGAAGCAUUUGCAAAAUCUGUGGCGAAGUCGCGGACUGUAAAAAUUCCAGGAGCUGUAGAAUUGUAUUUUACAAGUGUCAUUUUUUUCUUUUAGCUUUUUUUUUUUCCUUCUAGAUUUUUUCCCAUGAUGUAGAUAAGAUCAUAAGUGUAAUUUUCUUUUAAUAGUUCUUUUUGGAUGCAAA